UAUUUAACAAUGUUUUACUUUGUAUUAUGGUAACUUCAAUCAAGUUGACAAAUUCGAAGAUGAAAAAUUGGAAAUACUGUUUGUUGAUGGUUUGUAGAUUUUAUUCAUAGUGGAAGCUUAACAUUUUAAUUUCCUGGAAUUUACAUGGCUGAAUGCCUGGAAAAAAUCGAUUUAAACUCAUUCACAUGGCGAAAGAUUCGAGAGAUCGACCUUGAUCUCGAAUAUGCUGUCCCGAUUCCAAAACCAAUAGCCAAUACAUUAUUAAAGGAACUUGAAGAAACUUUGUGUUAUUUCACCGGUGAUUUAGCGCAAAUAAAAGUUUUUGGUAAGGUUUACCCUCUACCUCGGCAACAAGUUGCCUUUGGGGAUCCCGGUAUAACCUACACAUACUCAGGGAUCACUGUACCUGCAUUACCAUGGCCACCUUUAGUGCUUAGUUUAAGAGAUUUCCUAUAUAAAUUAAAAGGAAUUAAAUAUGAUUUCGUCUUGGUAAAUAAAUAUAAAAAUGGAAACGACCACAUGGGUGAACAUAGAGACAACGAACCAGAUCUUGAUCCAAACUUCCCAAUAGCAUCAGUUUCCCUUGGAGCGGAACGACCGUUUGUAUUAAAACAUAGAGAUGCUAGGAAACCGAAACCGUUUAGAAAAGCGAUACCCAAAGUUACUGUUAUCUUGGGGCAUGGAAGUGUAUUACUGAUGAAUCCUCCAACGAACGAAAAAUGGUAUCACAGUUUGCCUACCCGGAAAAAGAUACUUGGUGCAAGAAUAAAUUUAACAUUCCGUAAAAUGUGUGUUAAAAAUGUACGAUAAUAAAAUAAUGACUAAAAAUUGUUCUUAA